AGAGAGAAGACCCGCUGAUUACGUCAAGGACGCCCACAUGCUUCAGCAUCAUUUCCAGUUUCCCCUGAAGAGGAAUUUGGCACGUCAGUGUGAUAUAAGGGAUGAAUGAGGGUCGUUCUGCUGCCACUCUUCUGAGAAGAUGCCAGGUGGCUUUGACCAAGGCAGACACGCUUCCCUCAGUUUCUAGCAGAGCUGUCGACUCAGGAGAUGGUGGCGCCGCUCAGCUUGAGAAUGACGGCGUGUUCUCUCUGUCGGAGUUCUCCGACCUGUUUGAGAGCGAGGACGGCUCCCCGUCAGCACAGGACCCAUCAGGUCCUGAUCCAACCCAGGGGCUGGUCCAGCCCGGCCAGCCCGGGGACGCCAGGCAGAACCUGCGGAUGAAGUUCCAGGGCGCGUUCAAGAAGGGCAUCUCCAACCCCAUGGACCUGCUGGAGUCGACCAUUUAUGAGUCUCCCGUGGCGCCAGGGCCCAAGAAAGCACCCAUGGACUCACUCUUUGACUACGGUACCUACAGGCACAAUAACAACCAGAAACGACGCAGGAAAAAGCUCCCGAGAGGUAAGGCGGAGACAUCCUGCGAUGAAGAUCCAGGCUCCGACCCGCCAAAGGUGCUGAAAGUGUUCAACCGCUCUGUCCUCUUCGACUGUGUGUCACGUGCAGACCCAGAGGCUCUCGAGGGCCUGCUGGAGUACUUACAAAGUCACCAGAAGAGGCUGACAGAUGAGGAGUUCAGAGAGCCAUCCACGGGUAAGACAUGUCUGCCUAAAGCCCUGUUGAACCUUUACAGCGGUCAGAACGACACCAUCCCACUGCUGGUCAACAUAGCAGAGCAGACAGGAAACCUCAGAGAGUUCAUCAAUACCCCCUUCAGAGAUGUCUACUACAGAGGCCAGACGGCGCUCCACAUUGCUAUAGAGCGACGCUGUAAGCAGUACGUGGAGCUGCUGGUGGAGAAGGGGGCUGAUGUUCAUGCCCAGGCAAGGGGACGCUUCUUCCAGCCCAAAGAUGAGGGGGGCUACUUCUACUUUGGUGAGCUGCCUCUCUCCCUGGCUGCAUGCACUAACCAGCCUGAUAUGGUGCACUACCUGACUGAGAAUCCACACAAGAAGGCUGACCUGCGGCGUCAGGAUUCCCGUGGAAACACGGUGCUGCACGCCUUAGUGCACAUCGCAGACAACACCCGGGACAACACCCGCUUCCUCACAAAGAUGUACGACUUGCUGCUGAUCAAGAGUGCCAAGCUCUACCCAGACUACAGUCUGGAGACAGUGUUCAACAAUGAUGGCAUGUCACCUCUCAUGAUGGCUGCCAAGCUGGGCAAGAUUGGGGUUUUUCAGCACAUUAUCAGACGUGAGAUCAAGGAUGAGGAAGCCCGUCACCUGUCUCGUAAGUUUAAGGACUGGGCUUAUGGUCCAGUGUACUCCUCCCUCUAUGAUCUGUCCUCCCUGGACACCUGCGGAGAGGAAGUGUCGGUGCUGGAAAUCCUGGUCUACAACAGUCGCAAUGAGAAUCGCCAUGAGAUGCUGGCUGUGGAGCCCAUCAAUGAGCUGCUGAGGGCUAAAUGGCAGAAGUUCGCCGCUGUCACCUUUUACAUCAGCGUGGUGUCCUACCUCAUCACCAUGAUCAUCUUUACACUAGUGGCCUACAACCACCCAGUACAGGUAAAGCCCCCAUACACCUACACCACAUCCACAGACUACCUGCGUAUGGCGGGAGAGAUUGUCACCUUGGCAUCGGGGAUUUUCUUCUUCCUCACCAAUAUUAAGGACCUUUUCCUGAAGAAGUGCCCCGGGGUGAACUCUUUAUUUAUUGAUGGUUCCUUUCAACUGCUCUACUUCAUCUACUCUGUGCUCAUAAUAGUCACAGCUGCUCUCUACCUGUCUGGCAUCGAGGCCUAUGUGUCUGUGAUGGUGUUUGCUCUUGUCCUGGGGUGGAUGAAUACACUUUACUUCACCAGGGGCCUGAAGCUCACUGGCACCUACAGCAUCAUGAUACAGAAGAUUCUUUUCAAAGACCUUUUCAGAUUUCUGCUGGUGUAUGUGCUCUUCAUGAUUGGAUACGCAUCAGCGCUGGUGUCCCUGCUGACAGUGUGUCCAGAACCUGGUACAGUGUGUGAAGGCGGCUGCCCCACAUACCCCCAGUGCAGGGAGCCUGACACCUUUAGUGCCUUCCUACUGGACCUGUUCAAGCUGACCAUUGGGAUGGGAGAGCUGGACAUGAUCCACAGUGCCCAGUACCCUGCAGUUUUCCUCAUCCUGCUGGUCACCUACAUCAUCCUCACAUUUGUGCUGCUGCUCAACAUGUUGAUCGCGCUGAUGGGGGAGACGGUGGGACAGGUGUCGAAGGAGAGCAAGAAGAUAUGGAAGCUUCAGUGGGCAACGACCAUCCUGGACAUUGAGCGCUCCUUCCCAGUCUGCCUUCGCAAGUCUUUUCGAGUCGGGGAGAUGGUGACUGUGGGGAAGAACUGGGAUGGCACACCCGACCGACGCUGGUGCUUCAGGGUGGAUGAGGUCAACUGGUGCCACUGGAAUCAGAACCUGGGGAUAAUCAACGAGGAUCCUGGCAAGAAUGAGACGUGCCAAGUCAACGGGGUGCAACAGACUGUCAGAGGCCUGAGGAGGGAUCGUUGGUCCACAGUCGUCCCACGUGUGGUGGAGCUGAGUAGAGGACCACGGCCUCGUGAUCUGGUGGUAGAGAUGGAGCCUCUGACACCCAGGCACUGACUGUAUGCAGAGGCCUAGCGCUGCCCUUCUUGGAGGAGACAGCAGAGAGCCACCAGAGCCAAGCGAGGUCGCACUACUGGGGACAAUUUGGCCAUCAAGCGUGCCAGUUUGCACAGAGCUCAUUUGCUUUUUGUCCAGAAGAAGUAAAGUAAAUAUUGUAGGAAAACAGUAUAAUAGCGUAAAGAUUGAGAGCACAAAGAGAGAACACACUGGAUCUGUGACUUACUGAAAAAUCCUGCAGUCUAAGAUUGUAAGCAGAUAUUAAAAUAUUUAGAGGGAAAACAGAGAAUGAAGAAUAAAAGAAAGGUUAAUGACAAAUUGAGCUUUAACUCAACUGUUAAUUUGUUUUUAAGAGUCAGUCAUGGAGUGUAGAGGGAUCUUAAUAUGAAAGCAUUAUACCUCUGCAUUUCAGAUAUCAGCAGCUAAUCACUCAGGGAUUUAAGAGGGUCAAAAUAUCUCAGCAAAAGCAUUGCCAGUCUUAAUAUAGAAUUACAGAAAGCACAAUCAAGGGUGCUCUAACAUAAGCAUAAUUAUCAUUGCAUUAGCAGUGUAAACAAAAGCUUAGGUUAAAAAAUGGCAACUGCAGAUGUAAUCACAAUGGGGAAGCAUUUCUUCAAGAAAGCAUUGCCAUGAAUAUUUUUAUAUAUUUAUAGGUUGAGUCAUAGUUCAGCUUAUAUUUGCUCGCUUUUUGGUUUCAUUUUUAUUAUUUCAGAGGUCCCUAUAUUUGUGUUCAUUAAGUUUUGAGUCUAUUGUACUGUACAUGCUGAUUUGAAUAUUCUGCUGAUUUGAAUAAUUCCCAUAAUGUAACUAUGGGAAUUCAUAAUUUAGACUAUGGGAAUUCAGUCUGAAGGAACAGGACACAUUUAUUUUAGGCAAUGUACUUUUUUCUUCAUUUUCCAUAUUUAAGUCUUGAAAUUGUUUCAUGGCUAUGAAAGUCCUGGGAACGGGCUUAGCUGCCAGUGCAGGCAGCACGGCUUUCAUUUGAACUGAAACAAUGCACUAUGCCAAUUUCUGAUGUGUGCAUUAUUAUAUGAAUACAAGGACAUUGUUAUGAACAAGAUGGGCAUGAUGAGCAGGUUAUAGUUGUCAAGCAAAUAUGCAAAUGCGAGACAAUAGCCAUCCAUGUUAUGGUUUGUCUUUGAAUUUCCAGUGUUAUUGUUCCUUUGCAGCUGGGGUAUUUGCAUAAUCAACUCUCAGGCCUUGCUAUUAUGUACUUCCCCCUAUUUGCUGCAGUGUUUUCAUUGCAUUUGGCUCCUUGCCCUAUACAGCUUCUUGUUUAUGCGCAUCUACUGUACGUAUGGAUGUAUGUGUGUUAUUGGACUGGAUGACAUAGUUGGAUGAAGAGCGGAUAGGCCAUACAAUUCAUUUUCAUCUAUUUAACGCUAUUGAAGGUCAUAGGUAAUUGUUCACUGCAGUUACAUAGCUUUUUUUUUUUUUCAAGUGUCAUGUCUAUGCAUUUUU